AUAGGCAAUAAUUGACUUCAUUUUGGUCCCGCGAAAGGAAUUUCUGGUUCUCUAUCUUUCACAAGGUUUGCCUAUUAUUCCUGGGCAUUGCAACUUAGAUGGGUGCCUCGCCAGCAUGCAUUGUAUCCAAUGGCUUAUCUACUUGCAGCACUAAAUUUAGUCUGACCAAAGAAAUCUAUGGGAGGUGUUGUUUGCUUCCUUCACUGGGGAUGCCCUCAUUGGCCAAGGUAUCCAGAUCGAUAUUGGUAAAAGCGUCUUUGGAUCAGAGACAGGUUGAAGGGAGAAGAGGGUUUCUAAAAGUUUUGCUUGGAAAUGCGGGACUGGGUUUACCUGCUUUGUUGGGUGCUGGGAAUGCUUAUGCUGACGACCAAGGUGUAUCGUCUUCACGGAUGUCUUACUCGAGGUUUUUAGAGUAUUUGGAUAAAGAUAGGGUGACAAAAGUAGAUGUUUUUGAGAAUGGUACCAUAGCCAUCAUCGAGGCCAUUUCGCCGGAGUUGGGAAACCGUGUGCAGCGAGUGAGGGUUCAACUCCCUGGACUCAGCCAGGAGCUCCUUCAGAAAUUCAAAGAGAAGAAUAUUGAUUUUGCAGCGCACAGUGCUCAGGAAGACUCUGGUUCUGUUUUGUUUAACUUGCUUGGGAAUUUGGCAUUCCCUCUUAUCCUUAUCGGGGGUUUGUUUCUUCUGUCAAGGCGUUCAUCUGGAGGAAUGGGUGGGCCUGGAGGUCCAGGUUUCCCUUUUGCCUUUGGCCAGUCCAAAGCCAAGUUUCAAAUGGAACCAAGCACUGGUGUGACAUUCGACGAUGUUGCUGGAGUAGAUGAAGCAAAACAGGAUUUUAUGGAAGUAGUGGAGUUCCUGAAGAAACCAGAGAGGUUUACUGCAAUUGGUGCACGUAUUCCUAAAGGUGUUCUUCUAAUUGGUCCACCAGGAACUGGAAAGACUUUGCUUGCCAAAGCUAUUGCUGGUGAAGCAGGUGUCCCAUUUUUCUCUAUUUCAGGUUCUGAAUUUGUUGAGAUGUUUGUUGGUGUUGGUGCUUCCAGAGUUCGUGAUCUCUUUAAAAAGGCCAAGGAGAAUGCUCCUUGCAUUGUUUUUGUGGAUGAAAUUGAUGCGGUUGGUCGGCAAAGAGGAACUGGAAUUGGAGGAGGUAAUGAUGAAAGGGAGCAGACCCUUAAUCAGCUUUUGACUGAAAUGGAUGGUUUUGAGGGCAACACUGGUGUUAUUGUGAUUGCGGCAACUAACCGUGCUGACAUUCUUGACUCUGCCUUACUGAGGCCUGGACGCUUUGAUAGACAGGUGUCUGUUGAUGUUCCAGAUGUCCGUGGACGGACUGAAAUCUUAAAGGUGCAUGCCAGCAAUAAGAAGUUUGAUGGAGAUGUUUCUCUUGAAGUGAUAGCCAUGAGAACACCAGGUUUUAGCGGAGCAGAUCUUGCGAACCUCUUAAAUGAGGCUGCUAUAUUGGCUGGUCGUCGUGGGAAGACUGUGAUAUCACCUAAGGAGAUUGAUGAUUCAAUUGAUAGGAUUGUGGCUGGAAUGGAGGGAACAGUUAUGACAGAUGGGAAGAGCAAAAGCUUGGUGGCAUACCAUGAAGUUGGCCAUGCCAUUUGCGGAACUUUGACGCCAGGACAUGAUCCUGUUCAAAAGGUCACACUAGUCCCACGUGGCCAAGCACGGGGCCUAACAUGGUUCAUCCCUACAGAUGACCCAACCCUGAUCUCUAAGCAGCAAUUGUUUGCAAGAAUUGUUGGUGGACUUGGUGGGAGAGCUGCUGAGGAAGUAAUCUUUGGUGAGCCUGAGGUGACCACAGGUGCGGCUGGAGACUUGCAGCAGAUUACUGGUUUGGCCAAGCAGAUGGUAACCACAUUUGGGAUGUCAGAAAUUGGGCCCUGGUCACUUAUGGACACAUCAGGACAAAAUGCAGAUGUUAUAAUGAGAAUGAUGGCAAGGAAUUCAAUGUCAGAGAAACUUGCUGAAGACAUUGAUGCUGCCAUUAAGGGAAUCUCUGACAGUGCAUAUGAGAUUGCUUUGAUUCAGAUACGGAACAACCGUGAGGCUAUGGACAAGAUUGUGGAGAUCCUCCUUGAGAAGGAAACAAUGAGUGGGGAGGAAUUCCGAGCAAUUCUUUCAGAGUUUGUGGAAAUUCCUGCUGAAAAUAGGGUCGCUCCUUCAAUACCGACUGCUGUUACUGUAUAAAUAGCACAAAAAUGUUUGUAAAUUUCAUCACACCCUCCCAUAUUUUCAGUGAAUUGAACUUGAUUGAAAGUCCACCAAACUCUGUGUAUUUAAUGUACUAAUAAUCUAAAUAAUAUAUGGCUGGUUUAGGUUCAAUAUCA